AAUCAACAAAGCCGACCGACGUCUCUCUAGAUGAGCGCGGCACGACACGGAUAACAAAGCUCUAUAUGAUGUCGUCGCGCGCAUUUCGAAGAGUGAGGAGAUCACCACUGUUUUGACAACUUCAACUUACUUCAGAAAAGCCAUCUCCUUUUCGGACCAGCUAUCCACUGAUAUUCAUGCAACAGUGUUCUUCAGCAUCUAGGGAGUGCACAAGAUGUUGCUAACAAGGUGUGAUGGACAAACCAACAUUUACUGGAACUUGUCUUUAUCCAAAAAUCGUCUGACUUAUGUUUAAACUGUGUGUAUUCAUUACUGGAAACUGGCCUGAUUAGUCGUGUCUAAAAUCUCUGCAUACAAUAUACAGAAAAUAACCUUUCAAACACAAGGGCAUUCUGGGACACAAUUUCUUCAAGAUUUGUGAGCUGCAACGCGAAGUGCCAGAGAAUCGAGUCCCCAAGUGGACUAGUUUUGCAAGUACUGCAAAAUAUUUUUAUACAGAUCUAUACCACUGGGAACACGGGGAGCGGAUUCAAGUUAAUCGUAUGAUACCCGUGUUGACAGGAAACUGGGAUUUUUUCGCACUUCAGUAUUCGAAUUCUCACUCUAAACCGAGAUGGAUAUUCUUGAUUUCAAAGACCUCAACAUGAGCAACAACACGUCCCUUCGAGAGCUGUUUAAGCACUAUGAGACCUAUGACGGCAUCAAUGACACACACAACAUCGUCCUCAUCGUCCUCUACGUCCCCGUCUUUCUCGUCGCUGUCAUCGGUAACAUCAUCGUCCUGCUCGUCAUCCUCACCGAUGCACACAUGCGCAAGAGUUCGGCUAAUUACUUCCUUGUGAACCUAUCCAUGGCGGAUCUUCUGGUUGCCAUAAUCUGUAUCCCGAUAACUGCUCUGGGCUACGUGUACAACGUGUGGGUAGUGGGAGGAACGGCCAUGUGUAAGGUCACAGCCUACAUGCAAGGUGGAGAGUCCGGAGUUCGGAAUCCACGACGAGUUCUGUACAGAGUUAUGGCCCUUCCACACACUCAGACAGGCUUAUGGCGUGGCGUUCCUGGUGGGCAUGUACCUGGUACCUGGUGGCGCUAUUGUUGUCCUCUACACACUCAUGGGCUGCAGGCUGUGGGCCAGGGACACUCAUCUACACAGACAGAACUCGAUCCGGAACCAGGACGAUGUGCUGGUGGCACGACGGCGCCUGGCCCUGAUGAUGAUCAUCGUGUCCGUGCUGUUCACCGCCUGCUGGCUGCCCUACUACAUCUUCAACAUCUGCUUCGACUUCGAGGCGGACUCCUCUGGCCAGCUCAUCACGCUCUACCCGUUCACGCUUCUGCUGGGGCACUCCAAUAGUGCGCAGAAUCCGGUCCUCUACUGCUUCAUGCACAAAAGCUUCCGAGCAUUUAUUUUAAGGCUGAUCAAGUGCCAAUGCCGCACUGUACGCCGGAUGAAGAGAGGCACUAUGUCUCGGACAGACAGCAGAGAGGGCUCCCUUCGGCACACGUCCUACAAGAUGAUCGGUCGUGGGAGCAGCCUAAAAACGCCUGUGGUCAAACAAGCUAAUGUCAUCAAAUGUGCCAACGAAACGACGGCCAUCUUAGGGGGGUCUGCCAUUGACAACGUGUAGAUUUGUUACCUUGUCGGUUUUGUCACUGACCCUUUUGCCUUUGCUACUGAAAAUGAAAUUGUCCGAGUACGUAUUAUGUUGGGGGUUUUUUUCUAAUAGACGUAUGUUUAAGCUCGUUUCAGUUAAACAAGUUAUUUUCGAACAAUAGAUUUCAUAUAAACUUUGUAAUACUGACAGAAUAUAAUACUCAUCGAAACUUGCAUGAAUGAAUGAAUGAAUGAAUGAAUGAAUGAGUGAAUGAAUGAAUGAAUGAAUGAAUGAAUGAACGAAUGGGCUGAGAGAAAGGAAGAUGAGGACCUUUUAUUUUGUUACUAUACGAGGGUGGUUCAAUAAGUUAUGGAAGAUGUGAAGUGUCUCAACAACUUAUAACGCUAUGGGCCAGAAAUGUUCAGUCUCUGGAAAUAUUCUGGACUCUGUUUGCAGGAUUUCAGCACCCAUAGUCACUGUAAGUAGGCACAUUGCUUUUUUAGCUUCCGGUGUGCUUCGCAACUCUAAAUUUACAGCUCUCGUUAAGUCCAAAACAUGUUUAAACGUUCACCCAGUAAGCGUAUCUUUUUGGAACGGCAAAGACUAGAAGUCACAGACAGCUGAGCCGGGACUGUAGCCUAGAUGGGACAAAACUUCGAUCCCUUACUCUUGUAUGCACAGAGUUGUGGCCCUUACUUUGUAAAAAGUUGCAUGAUCGCGAAGAAACAUUCUGAAAGAGAAUCCAAUCUUUGGGCUCUGCUCACCAAUGGCACAACUGGGGCAGUAUAUUUUACGCAUAGUAAGGAGUCAUAAUGGUAUUUUUCACAUGAUAUCAAGCACAAGCGGACCACUGCAAUUGAGAAAGAUAGUAAAAAGCCUCUAUCUGCUUUGAAAUCCUAGACGAGAACGACAGACCUGUCUCCUUUUUCAUCUAUCCAUAUGCAGUGCAGCCGUUUUGAUUUAUUUCCGGAAAUUAUAAUCUAUGCUUCGCCUCCCAUGACAAUGUUUGUAAGUCGCUUAGGCCCACAGAUUUAUAUUGAGCAAUUUUGUAGCACAUGUUACUCUCUUUCUCUCUUUUAAGUUCCGCAGUUAGUAAAUGAAGUAUCCAAAGAGCACACGCUAUUUUUUUCAUACAAAGUUCUCCGCGAACAGUAUUUUGCAAAAACCAAAUUAAAGUCCAGAUAAGUCAAUACGUUCUUGUACAGAGGUAUUGUGGAUCUUGCGAAUUCUGAUGCUAGAUGACAUCAGCGGUUUUUUCGUUUGCCUAGGAAUUAAGGUGGCCAGAACGUGGGUCGCCAAAAACAGUGCCUCUCCCUUCACUCAAUCCUCUAACCCGUUGAUAAAAGUCUCAUAAAACAAGCAGAUUCUCAACAAACACUGCAAAAUUUCAGAAAUUAGUCUCUACUACUAGGAAAAUAGCAAAGUGCGUGAAGAUGUUAAACUGAUGUUUUAUUUUGAGAAUUUUACCUUUUUUUCUUUCUGAUUACAAACCAUCAUACUAUUUUUGUGGCGUCAUGAAAAAAAUCAAGAGUGGCGUCACAUGAAACUCCUACAGUUGGCUCGAGAUUAAUUUUGUUUAUUUUUUUAAGACUAAAAUCAAUGUCUUAUCCGUUGAAUGGAAACUUCCAUUACUUUCUGAUCCACCCUCCAACAGUUUAAAUCGCCACCUAGUAUCUAGAUAGACAGAAAAGAAAACAUGACAGAAUGUCGUGCAGGGGUAAAUGAUACGUUCAGAAACAUAAUGACGACAUUUCGAGCUUUUGUUUGACAAAGGUUCAUUUCUAGUUGUAUGACGUUGACUUCAAGGCUUAUUAAACGUUUAAAAAAUAUUCGAGAAUUCAUAACCAAGCAAAGAAUAUUGGCACUGUUAAUCAGGGUGCCUAUUUAUUGUUUUAUAUUAACGAAACCCGUGGAAUAGCUCAUAUUUUGCCCUUCCCGGUUUUGGUCAAAAAACGGUUACUCGUGCUCUUCAUUUAAUGACGGCGGAACUUGUAAAGUUCAUAGACAGGGGCUGUUCUUUGUACAUGUAGACAUUUAUAUUUUAGUUUUCGAAGACUUUAUUGUCAUAAAAAGCCUUGAAUAAUGUACUGCAGUGAAUAAAAAUGAUAAUGAUAAUAAUAUGAACAAAUUAUUAUUUUCUACGUCACCGUCGUAGGCGCAAGAUAUAAUAUGUCAUUAUUUAUAGUCUAAACAUUAUUUUUAGUUCUUUUCAGUCCACAGGAACGUUUUAUUCUAAGAUUUCAUUGACUGGUCAGCUGUUGAAGAUCUAAAUAUUUCUGUAAUUAUGUAGCAAAAGCAGCAGUGAUAUCAGUACCGGAGAAAUAUAUGCUCUCAUAGGAGCAGGUCCAAGGGUUUGUUCGUUUUCUGAAUACGCACUAAAAUAGCAGACCUAACAGGGUUUGUGCUGAAGCAAUUUUGAGCGGGUUACACUUUGGAAACCUCUUGGAACAAAGUCAUAAAAUUCUUUGUCAUAAU